AUGAAGUCCUUUGCCCUCAUCGCUGCCCUUGCAGGUGCCGCCAGUGCCCUCCAGAUCACGUCGCCGACCGAAAACGACAAGUGGGACCUGUCGGCCACGAACACGAUCAAGUGGUCGUCAGUGGACUCGGACCCGGCCUUUUUCAAGCUCGUCCUCAUCAACCACCCGCCCAGCACGGCCGAGACCAGCACCACCAUCGCCGAGAACGUCACCACGAGCAAGGGCCAGUACGACCUCACCAACUUUGCCGCCGCCCCCGGCGACAAGUACAGCAUCAAGGCCUACGGCAUCCUCAACGCCAACAACGGACAGCUGGCCGAGUCGAAGCAGUUUAACGUCACUAAGUCCGGAACUGCUUCCACAACCACGACUGACGCCCCCUCUUCCUCUGGCACCGGCACCGGUACGACUGCCGCGUCUUCGCCCUCCAAGUCGAGCGAGGCAUUCGCUCUGGGCAAGUCGUUUGGUGUGGCCGGCCCGCUCGCCGUCGUCUUCGCCAUGCUCUUUUAAACGUAAUGGUAAUUGAUCUUGAGCUGUGCAGCGUUGGGGAGGGCUGCAUGGAUGUUUAAUGUUGUACAUACAACCACGGUUUGGUGGUUCAGGGAUAGACUGGACAUAUACCACGUAAUAAUAGGGGGGCGAAGGGAUGGUCGUCCAUUUAAUUUAGGUUGCGAACUUUUUUGAUGAUAGAUCAAGCAUGACACCUCAAGACUCUUUCAACUUCAUAUAUGCUGUCUAUCCAUUUUCGAG